CCCAGCCAUAAAAAGCCGGAGCAGCCCCGUGUCCCCUCUGCAGGAGCUCAGUGGGGGCCGGGAGCAGCACCCAGACCCCACACCCAGCGCAGGGCACAGUCCCUCCCAGAGGAAGCGGCCGCGGCCCUGCCUGCGUCCCCACAGUGCCUGGGGGGUCCCUGGAGAGUCUCUGCCCACCAUGGAGCUCCUGCUGCUGGUGCUGCUGGCCGUGCCCUCGGCCACUGGCAUCAAGGAGCUGGCACUGGACAUGGCUCCCAACUCCUUUGAUGACCAGUACCGGGGCUGCAGUGACAAAAUGCUGAAGGUGCUGCCGGUGCUCAACCGCCCCGAGCUCACCCUCAACAGCGUCUUCGCCAGAGGUUGGGUGAGUGCUGCUGCCAGCUGGAACAAAUCCCUGGGGUCUCUGCAGCAGCAGGACCGGGGCAUCACCCUCCUGGCUCACACGCUGCAGUGGGAGCUGCCCCGUCAGUUCAACGCCGCCGGGCGCGUGGCCGGGCGCUCCCGCCGCAUUUACCUGCGUGACUUCCCCUUCAGGGUGCUGCAUUUCCUGCUGACCGAGGCCCUGGAUGACCUGCGGGAUGCCCAGACCCACCCCCGCUGCCUCCACGUGUCCCGGGGGGUCCCAGGGAUCCGCUUCACUGCCCAGCCCGGAGACAUCGUCCGCUUUGGCCAGUUCACCUCUGCCUCCCUGAACAAAGGGGUGAUCGAGAGGUUCGGCACCGACACAACGUUCGAGGUGCACACCUGCCACGGCGCCAGGAUCCGGGACUUCUCCAACUACCCUAACGAGGAGGAAGUCCUCAUCCCGCCCUUCGAGACCUUUAAUGUCACCAGUGUCACCCGGCGAGGGGACAAACCCCACAUCCAGCUCCGCUCCCUCGGAGUGCACAGCAAACACAACUGUGCCUUGUGCUCAGGCAGGAGCAUCCCCAGGGACCCCCAAACCUCAGGGGGCUCCCCCUGA